UUCUUUACCACUGCAUGCGAUGACAGCAAUAUAACGAAGAGAAACACACCCCGUUCCAGACGAUGGUGCUCAUCCGUAUGUAGUAUAACCCCCUUUUCUUCUUCAGAAAUAUAAGCAGAUUAUCUAUAGGUCGUCUUAUACUUUUCUUCUCUUUUUUACUUCAAAAAGAUUUUCUUCUUUCCCCUCUGACCUAAUCUUUCACCUCUCUGUCAUCUAUUGCUGCUAUAUACUACUAUCUUUUCUUCUGCAUUGCCACCAGAGACUCAGCUUAUAUAGAAAAAAUGAUGUGUGAUACGAAUUGGUGCACUUUUUGCGACGUUGCCAUCAAUCCACUCUCGAAUUCAUUGUAUUGCUCACAGGAAUGCUUAAAGAAGGACACCAUCUACCAUCGAAGUUCACGUAUCAACUUCCCGCAGUGCCGCAAAAGUAUGGUGUUUCGGUUUUCCAACAGUCGACGUUUCGAAAUGGUACAGCAACCCCAGCAGCCGCAAACAUCGCUCUCUUGAGCGGGGAAGGAGCUGGAAGAUUACUGAAUGGUUUAUCAUGAUAUGGUCGACAUACGUCCUCUUACUCUCUAUACUUCAUACAAUGCUCAAUAUACUUCAAAGAGCAGAAAACAGCAUGAAACAGUUAUACCACACAUAUUCAAAUACCACACACUUAGCACAGCACAUCCCACGAAAGCAUCAUUUAAGCUCACACAUACAUUCAUCCAUUCACAAAUCCAAAAAGAA